UUAUACCCAGAAUAGUAUACUCAUCAUUUCUACCCCUUUUCUCUAUCUUUGCUCCAAACUUACCUUAACACUCCAUACAUUCAUAAGAAAAAUAAUGGAAAUAAGUAGCAGUGCAGAGAAUGAGAGCACAACCAGCGACUCCGCGCCGGCGCCGGCGUCUUUCCCGGCGGCGGCGGUGAAGUGGCCGGAGAGUUUCUGCCGGAUGGGAAGCGGCACGAGCGCGAUCAUCGACGCCGCGGAUAGCGGCAUCGAGGCGGAGUCUUGCCGGAAGCUUCCGUCGUCGAGGUUCAAAGGCGUGGUCCCGCAGCCGAACGGCCGGUGGGGCGCGCAAAUCUACGAGAAGCACCAGAGGGUUUGGCUGGGGACGUUCAACGAGGAGGAGGAGGCUGCCCGGGCUUACGACGUCGCCGCCCUCCGCUUCCGCGGCCGUGACGCCGUCACAAACUACAAACAGCCGCAUGUUCUAUCAGACGACGGUGGAGGUUUCGAGUCCGCGUUUCUCGGGUCCCACUCCAAGCUCGAGAUUGUCGACAUGCUGCGAAAGCACACUUACGACGACGAGCUGGAGCAGUUCAAGGCCGGCGGCGGCGGCGGUGCCGCCGCCGCCGCAACUGGCGCCAAGAAAAGCGGGAAUGCGUCUCGGGAACCGCUUUUCGAGAAGGCGGUGACGCCGAGUGACGUCGGGAAGCUGAACCGGCUCGUCAUCCCGAAACAGCACGCCGAGAAGCACUUCCCGCUGCAGAGCGGCGGCGGCGGCGGCGGGGAGGGGCCGAAGGGGAUUUUGCUAAAUUUCGAGGACCAUGAGGGAAAAGUGUGGAGAUUCCGGUACUCGUACUGGAACAGCAGUCAAAGCUACGUGUUGACCAAAGGGUGGAGCCGGUUCGUGAAGGAGAAGAGUCUCAGACCGGGCGACGUCGUUUUCUUCCUCCGGUCUACCGGUCACGAAAAGCAGCUAUACAUAGACUGGAAGGCGGCGGGAGGGGGUGGCGUGCCACCUCAGCCGCCGCCGGUUCGGUACAGGACAAUCGGGUGUCUACAAAAAACCCCGGUUCAAGUGGUCCGGCUUUUCGGGGUGAACAUAUGGAAUAAUAAUGUCCGAGACGACGUUAGCGGGACUGGCGGGGAGAUCGCCGCCACGUGCGGCGGCGUGAAGAGGCUGAGGGAAAUGGAGUUGCUAGCGGUAGACGGUGGCAAGAAACAAAGGCCGAUUGAUGCUUUGUAGCCGGAAUUCAGUACAGUACGGUGUAUUAUUAAUUUAGACUCAAUCAAUUUCUCUCCUUUUUAAUUCGAUGUAUUAAUUAAAAUGUAUAUUAGGGGAUGGAAUUGGAAAUGUAACUAAGGUGAUAUUAGUACCAAAAUUUUAAAAAAAAUGUAGACAUUUUU